GCUGCGUUUGGCGGCUCACACCUGCAAUCCCAGCACUGGGGAGGCUAAGGCUGGAGGAUUCUCACUGGUUCAAGGCCAGCUUGGGCUACAGAAUGAGCUUUGUCUCGCUACCUCCAACCUCAUUCAUUCCUUCCCUUUCAAAGAUGGCCUUAAAAUGCAGCAAGCAUCCCGAGGAGGAAGUGCCAAGAGACGACACGGCUGCGAGUACAAGCCACAGAAAAUCGCUGCCUGAAACCUGUCCGGAUUCAGAGACUGGAAGGCAGUGACAGCCGGAUGCCUCGGAGAAGGCAAAGGAGCUGUCCUCAGGGGGACAACAAGCCGGUAGGAAGUACUUGGAGUCACCACUUUUCCACCUAGGCGAGAGACGGUUUCUACCAAUCCUCCAAGAGAUGGUGGAACCAGCACCGGUUGCUAGGCAGCCGCUUUAUGACGUCAUCUCCCAGCACCGGAAGUGGCGGGGCGCAGUGGCGUCGCGAGCGGGUUUGUGAGUGUCUGCAGUCGAGAGCGAUGAUGCGGGUGUGCUGGUUGGUGAGACAGGACAGCAGGCACCAGCGAAUCAGACUUCCCCAUUUGGAAGCAGUUGUGAUUGGUCGAAGCCCAGAGACCAAGAUCACAGAUAAGAAAUGUUCUCGCCAGCAAGUACAGUUGAAAGCAGAGUGUAACAAGGGCUAUGUCAAAGUAAAGCAGGUGGGGGUCAAUCCCACCAGCAUUGACUCCGUCAUCAUCGGGAAGGACCAAGAGAUGAAGCUGCAGCCUGGCCAGGUUCUCCACAUGGUGAAUGAACUUUAUCCAUAUAUUGUAGAGUUUGAGGAAGUAGCACAGAGUUCUGACCUAGAAACACAAAGGAAGAGAAAGAGGUCAGACUGUGAUGGUGAGGAGAUGGAUGCUGCUCAGGAAGCGGAGUCUGGGACAGGGCUAGCACCUGGGAGCAGCCCCAGCCAGUGCUCUGUGCCUUCUAAGAAGGGCAAGGAUGGAGUCACCAAAGAGGAGUCACUGGGCCACUGGAGUCAAGGCUUGAAGGUUUCUAUGAAAGACCCCAAAAUGCAGGUUUACAAAGAUGAGCUGGUGGUGGUGAUUAAGGAUAAAUAUCCCAAGGCCCGUCACCAUUGGCUGGUCUUACCCUGGGCCUCCAUUUCCAGUCUGAAGGUUGUGACCAGUGAACAUCUUGACCUUCUCAAACAUAUGCACACUGUAGGGGAAAAGGUGAUUUCGGAUUUUGCUGGAUCCAGCAAACUGAGAUUCCGGUUGGGUUACCAUGCUAUUCCCAGUAUGAGCCAUGUACACCUUCAUGUGAUCAGCCAGGAUUUUGAUUCUCCUUGCCUUAAAAACAAAAAACAUUGGAAUUCUUUCAAUACAGAAUACUUUCUGGACUCACAAGCUGUGAUCCAGAUGGUGGAAGAGGCUGGCAGAGUGACUGUUCAAGAUGGGACUUCUGAACUCCUGAAGCUGCCCCUUCGUUGCCACGAGUGUCAGCAGCUGCUGCCCUCCAUCCCGCAGCUGAAGGAGCACCUCAGGAAGCACUGGGGCGGGUGACCGUCCCCGCGGCCGGGUGCAGUGCCAGCGUGUGUCCGCGUUGCCUGUGCCCGUGCAGUCCUGAACUAAAGCAUGCAGCUUUUCAAAA